AUGCUAUGGUGCUUCCUGGCGAGUGGCGGAUUAUCUGCUCCAGCCUGGUGGGGCGAGACAACAACAAGUCUAGAGAAUGGGUACUCCACGUCGAGGAGCGUGCUUCCUAGUAAGGAACCCUGGGCCUCGCCUUCUGGGCUAGUGCGGAGUGAUUUCGGACUCAGCGAAGUGCCGAAUAGAUCGUCGAGCUUCUCGAGCCUCUCCAGCUCCCAGCACGUUCCGGCGCUCGGGCUCGACCGGGACAGUGGCGACGGCAAGGAGACGAGUGUGAUGGACGUCUUGAUAGUGUAG